GGGGCCGGCAGCACAUGCGCUUUGUGUGGUGGCGGGGUCGACUAGGCGCUUCUUGCCUUUUGUUUCUCAGUAAAAGCGAGGGAGCGCGCGCUGGAGUGUAAUUGUGUUGCGUGGUUUGGUUGAUCGAAGUAAAGAAAAAAAAAAAGAAGAGGACACACAAAUCUAAAAAAAAAAAAACCCACCCUCGUCUCCCAAUCAACAGAUAACUCAUUAUUUUUCUUCAUAUUGAGCGACGCUUUUAAAGCGCCACACAACGAUUCUAAACUGGCUGGAACAAUGGGAAAGAAGCAAAACAAGAAGAAGGUGGAAGAGGUCCUAGAAGAAGAGGAGGAAGAGUAUGUCGUGGAGAAAGUCUUGGACCGACGGGUAGUUAAAGGGAAAGUUGAAUAUCUCCUAAAGUGGAAGGGCUUUUCAGAUGAAGAUAAUACAUGGGAACCAGAAGAAAACCUUGAUUGCCCGGACCUAAUUGCAGAGUUCCUUCAAUCACAGAAGACUGCCCAUGAAGUUGAUAAGACAGAGGCCACCAAGCGAAAAGCUAGUGUUGAAGAGGCGGAGCCUGCAGGGGAGGAGAGUAAGCCCAAAAAAAAGAAAGAAGAGCCUGAGAAACCUCGUGGUUUUGCUAGAGGCCUAGAACCAGAAAGAAUAAUUGGAGCUACAGAUUCCAGUGGAGAACUUAUGUUUUUGAUGAAAUGGAAAAAUUCAGAUGAAGCAGAUCUUGUUCCUGCAAAAGAAGCUAAUGUCAAGUGCCCACAGGUGGUCAUUUCAUUUUAUGAGGAAAGGCUAACAUGGCACUCCUAUCCCUCAGAAGAGGAGGAAAAGAAAGAUGAUAAAAAUUAAUGUACUGGAAUAUAUAUGGUGUUACUCCUUGCUGCGAAACCGGACAGUGGCUGGCCUUUAUUUUGUUUCUUUUAAACAAGAGUUGGAGGAAAACGGUUCAGUUGUACAAAAUGUAUAGGCAUUAGCUUGACAAAAAAUAGCAGUAUCCCUUUUCUGUUGAACUGUUUAAUGAACGUGGUUAGUUACACCAUCAAGCUGGCUUUUUCUUAUCCCCACUUGCACACUUGGAGUGUGUUAUGGGGAUGGAAGGGGAGGCUCCUUCAUUAUGUUCAUCAUAUCAGUAGGACUGUUGGCCAUGUUGUACAGUUCAGUAGUAAGGAAAGAAUGUACUUGGUUUGUUACUUGGGAGAGACUUGUUCUGUGUUCAUUAACCAAAGCAUCAGUAAACCCUCUAUGCAGGUCAAGCAAUGGGCGGUAGACAUGAUUUACACCAGAUUUUCUUUUUUAAUACUGUGAUAUAUUGUGCGCGUGUGUAUAUAUUUUUUUAAAGCAGAAUUUUGCUUCUAAGGGCCAUUAAAGCUGUGAAUCAUGUGAACACUGAGAAUCUAGAAGUGAUGUAAUGAAAUGGAAAAGGCAAAACUUGAUAAGGGAAGUAUCAAAAAACUACUGCUCAUGAAAGUCUACAGCAUGUUUAGAGGCCUUGUAACCCUGGCCUUGUAAAUGGUGUAAAAGUUCUCUGGCUUUGCCGUUGUCAUUUCAUCAUGAAUGUGCCAUGUUGGCUGAUUUGUUGCAUUUUAAAUAGCUUGUGGAUACUAUGGAGAUGGCUGGGUAUUCCAGGAGAGUGCAACUUGGUGGAGGGCAUUUAAAGUUCUUUUAAUGUGCAUGUUAACCUCGAGCUUGCCUCCCCUCCCAGAUUCUCAGUAUAUUCUAGAGGCUAGUUAUUGAUGUAACAAGCUUUGACUAACCCAGAAUUACAUUGUUUAGAUGAGGUUUAGCAUCUUAUUUUUAUUUUAUUUUAUUUUUUUUUUGGCUGCCGGUUUCUGUGCAGCUGUCACACAAGUAAUUUCUUUGGGACUGGUAUGCACAGAAAAGUAAGAUGGCAUGUCAGAAGUGAUAAAGGACAUGUAGUGUGUCCGAAUCGGCACACACCCAAACCCACCCACCAUGUAGUACAGAGCCUGUCGAGCUUGUUAAAUGUGACUUAAGACAUGUUCUUGGUAGGACAGUAUUAGCAGAAACUGGAUACGUUCUUUUUUGUCUUGCAUCAUAUUUUACAUAAUAGUGUUGUUACCCAUGGAUGAGUUCCCCUCUACACUUGGAUUAUUUCACUUUCUUGAAGACUGAAAUGACAAAUGGAAGCUUUUGUAUAGUUUUUAUUAAAUAAAAAUGUUGAUUUGCUGAAAGGUGCAAAUUUUCCUUUUCUUUCCCCUAAGACGUUUUGAAAUGGUGCAGGAAUAUCUCACUUGUGUAGAGUCGGAUUCCAGUUGAAAGUAAUUGUUUUGUUUUGUUUUUUUUUUUUGAUUUCUGGAAUGUGGGAAAAAUCAUUAGGUUUGUCAAAGAGAUUAGAUUUGUUUUUUUACUUGUUCAAAGUUGCCUUCUUAAUGUGGCAUACUUACUCCACCUUUUUGGCAUGGAAGCAAUCAGUUUAAAAGCUCCAAAAGCUUUUGAAACCUGUGUGUCCUGCCUGACCUAUAAAUGUAUUAUGUAGAGAUGCUUUUUAUUUUUACCAUUAGAAGAGAAGUGUACGUGGGGGACAAACAUGCUACACAAGUUUGAUAUUUAAUUGUAUUCACUGAAGGAAUAAUCAUGUACUUGAUACUUUUAAUAAGAGUACCUAAACCUCUGCUCAUACUGUGGCAACCAGUACUCACUGUGUAGGGUAAGGGGGAGAGUGGGGAUGGUUAUAGAGUUGGCACAGCCAUUGGUCAAAACCGAUGAUCCAGAACCUGAAUUUUAUGUUUUGUGCAUGUUUUCUUCAGUUUGUGUGAUUUCAUUUAAAUGUUUAGUAAAUGGUGCAUAACUGCUGCUUUGUGGCAUUUUCUAUUAAAACAAAACAAAAAAAAA